CCGCCGGAGCAGGAGGAUGCCGCCGGUCACUCUCUGACGCUGUCACUAAAUCCAGACCCACUUACUGCAGCUUUUGGGGGACUUCAUACAAACUGCGCAUCAGGGAGGGGCUGGAGUCACUUGGACUUUUCUAGUUGCCAGUUGGUUCGUGCGCUCGGCUCGGCUCGGCUCGGCUGUGGAAGGUGUGACGGGGCUGGGUGCCAUGGACCCGCUGCUGCCCGCAGACGCGGACGCGAUGGAGCGAGAGGCGGACAAGGAUGCGAGGAGGAAGAUCCAGUUCUCGGUGCCGUCCUCCGUGCCCACCCAGCUGGACCCGCGACAGGUGGAGAUGAUCCGACGCCGAAGGCCAACUCCAGCCACGCUGUUCAGACUGACGGACCCGCCGUCACCGGAGGAAGACAGCGGCCAACAUCAGUGGGUUCUGGGGGAAAAUGGAGCCUUGAAAGCCAAACUGGUCCACAUGUCAACCUACCAGCCGCCCUCGCUUAAAGCUGUCCAGAGGAUGGCCCAGGCCCACUUGGCCUCACUAGACAUGAGAUCUGUGGACAAAGAAGAUUCCUCUUCUGAGGAAGAAGAGGAGCACCGUGAUGAGCAGAAGCAGCCGACGGCCUCAGCUACAGAUCUAAGAGAAGAAAGCAAACCGCUCAGAGAUCAGUGUGGCCGGCCGGACAGUUCAUCAGAUCUCAGCCGUCACCAGGAAGACAAAGAGAAGGCCAAAGAACGAGAGGAGGGAAAGGGAGAAUGACAAAAAUAGAGGGCUCUGACGGAGACAGAGUGUUAGCGAGGAAUCCAUUUGCAUUGCACACGUAUGGACCAUGCGUGUGCAUGCAUGGGUGUACGUAUGAGUGUGUUGUUUGGAUCUGUGAGUGUGUGCAUGCAUGCAACAAACGAGGCGAAUGUGGAAAAGAGAGGGAGGAAAACAAACGGUCACUGAGGAGGGUCAGAAUAUUAAUGAGCAGGUAGGAGGAAAAGUUUAACUUGAGACUUGUGAAAGAAAUCACGUCUCAGUCAGCCAAAGAACCAGGGCUCGGUUCUAAUCAGCCAAGGACACCGCACAAGAAACCUGAAAACUAAGGACUGGGCUGUUUUCAUAAGCAUAAAGAUGUUUUUUAUGAAGAUCCAAAAAGAUUCAGAGGGACUCUGGUGUUAGAUGUUAAAUUCCAUUAUUCACAUCAUGAAUCCUCGUUUGUUACGAAGCCUAAUAAACAGAACUUUGCAGCUUACGGUUUAUUUGAACGCAUACUGUACAUAUUGACGUGUCAUGUGUAGUGUCAUGUGACUGUUGUUGCUGCAACAAGGGCUGACAUACCGGAGCAGGUUGGUGUUUAAGGUGCAUCACAUAGAACAUGUGAACGAGCUCCUGAGGCGAUGCAGGUAUGAGACACUAUUUUAAAUAAUAAACUCAGAGCGACACACACACACCGACCCCUAUCGGAAGAGCUGCUUCCAAAGUUAUGCAUAACUUCGAAGUUUGCUUUCCUCAGCCUUUUAGAUGCUUGCGUGCAAGGUCAAGGAACUCAAAGGAGGGUGGAUUACCGGCGAUUUGAGCGAGUCACGGCCACAGCAGGCCAGAUUAUACCAUAUCAGACUAAUCCAACUAAUCAUGAUAAUGCCGCGCAGUUUUUGGGGUUUGGUAUUAUGAGCAGGCUUUUUGUGACAUGGCGAUUAGCAGCAUGAUCUGUUUGGGAUGGCACACAUGUUGGCUGGAGAGAAAACCUACCUUUUAUUUUCAGAAUCGUACGUAUAUGUGAUGAGCGUGAAGGUUCAUUCAUGACCCCGUAUGUGCAGUAAGUGAUGUUUUGUGUUGGUUGCUAAUAAAAGCUAUUCAAUAGGC